UCAAAUUAAGGUAAUGCAACAAUACAUAGUCAAGGUUCAUGGAAUCUUUAACAUAUUUCUCAAGGUCUUUGAGAUUACACUCAUCUCAGUUAAGUGUACCAUUAAAAUAGGAAGAACAGCAAAAUUUAAACCAAAAUUAGGUCAUAAUCUUAUACACAAAUUUGAUCUCGACCUUUACAGUUAUUGGAAGUAGAAUGAUGUACAAUUAAGCGUAAAAUCCUGGCCGUCCAUUGCCUUGAAGUAAGCAAAUUAACGAGAAGCUAUGAUGAGUUGAUGACCAUUUUUUUUGGAAAGAUGUGUCUCUGUACAAACAUAUUACUGAAACUAGGCCGCAUAUUUUUUCGAUGAAGCUAAUUGUGUAAAGGCCAGCCAAUCUAUUCAAUUGAACAGCUUUAUCUAAUAACCUACAAACAAAUUGUAAAAUUCAUACACCUGCGGAUGGUCUAGACUCUGAAAAUGGGGUGCACACGAUUUUCCUAAAGGAAGUUAAUAUCAUCAGGCAAUCUUUAUUGUUAUGUAAUAAUUUAAUCUUGACAAUAACAGCCAAAAUUAAUCGGUUGAUGUUGAACAUCGAUCACAUUACUUACACAAAGCAUAGAUAAUAGUUACGUAAGUAUGUCACGCAUGCAUGUGCAGCGUCCUUGUGCGGCAUUCAUCCCUAGACAUUGAAAUUAGGUGUCAGUGGGUGUCCUACAAAUUAAUUGGACAAAUUCAAGGUAAUACCCCUCCAAAUAUUGCUAAAACAAUACCAUUUUAUGUAUAAAAACAUUCAGUUUAGUAUCACAUUAAUUAGUCUAAAGUUGACAAUAAACGCACAAUUGUAGCUAAGUUUUUGAGAAUGGAUAAAGUGUGGUUUAUUGUGUUUGUGCUUUUUGUAGUUAGUGUCGUUAGUGUGCCACUAAAGGAUACAAACAGAGCUAGGAAAGGAAAAAAUUUUUAUGAUGACAAUAUUUUACACCCCAGCAGCGAUUGCAACUGCGUAUGUGGAAUGAGCGACAGACAGAUAAGAGUAGUCGGAGGGAACGUGACAAAGGAAAAUGAAUUUCCGUGGCUUGCUGGAAUGGCGAAAAAUGGAGAAUUUCACUGUGGAGGAACGCUUAUUACAAGAAAACACGUGUUAACCGCUGCUCAUUGUGUUGACGGAAUAAACUAUCGUACAAUAUCAAUCGCGUUUGGUGACCACGAUCGCAAAGAUAAAGAACGGUUUAGUAAGAUACAAGUUAGAAAAAUCAAAAAAGUGGUUCCGCAUAAAUUGUUUGACAGAUCAACUUACAAUAAUGAUAUAGCGAUAUUGGAACUGGAUCAUCCAUUACAUUUCGAUUCCAAGAUUCAACCAGCGUGUCUCCCUCAUUCAGCUGUGACCGAUUAUUCUGGAAAAUGGGCAAUCGUAGCAGGUUGGGGUAAAACUGGGGAAAAACAGGAAAGUUCGACUAUCCUUAGAAAGGCGAUUGUUCCGAUAUGGCCAAAGAAAGAUUGCUACAACUCCGGAUAUGGUGAGGAGCGACUAUCGGAGAACAUGUUCUGUGCCGGGUUUGAAGAAGGGAAGAUUGACGCUUGUCAGGGAGACAGUGGUGGCCCUCUUCACGUCAAGAAUCCUAACGGCAUUAUGGAUGUAGUUGGUAUUGUAUCAUGGGGACGAGGCUGUGGAAGAGCCACACUGCCCGGUAUAUACACUAAAAUCAUAAACUACUUAGAUUGGAUUUUGGAAGGUUUAAAUGGUGAAUGCUUAUGCCCUCCACCUCCAACGUCCAACCAAAAUUUACGGCGAGCGUAAACUUGAACACCUACGCAACAAAAUUUGUUGAUACUAGUCACUAGAUAUUUAAUUUAAGUAAGUUGUGCCUCACGACUUUACUUCAUGAAGUGCCAUUUCUUAAAAGUAUUUUAUUAGUUCUAUGAUGAUCUCAAUUAGGCUAGAAAGAAUAUUAAUCUAAUCAGCACGUGCCAUUUUGAAAAGGAUCUAUCCGAUUUUACUGUUUCGAUUGAUGACAAGUAAAUACUAUAACCAAAGUGAAUAGAAUUUGUCUGUUUUAUUCAAUUUCUCCUAAUUUGUUGCCGCAGAUAUUCUAUUUAUUUCACGUCCAAAAAUGC